AUGUCCUUGGAAGUCCAGAGUGGAAGGCUCGUGCUGUCAUAUCCAUCCGACGAGGUGGGAAUCUGGAAAGUCCUCCGGCUCUUGUGGUUCGAUGGGGAUCUUCGCACAAAGCAAACCUGGAACGUUCUCGCAGAACAGGUGCGGCAGUUGGAAGGUGGCCGAUCAAGGCAGGAGCUAGAACAAUGGAUCAAAGAGGCUCGAGCACUAAGGGCGAUUGAUCCAGAAGAUGAACGUCAACAAAAGGACCGACUGAACCGGAGACUUGAGGCACUGCGUUCGAUUUUGUCUUCCGCACCUCCAAGCCGAAUGUCUCAUGAUCAAAAUCCACUCUUCGACUCAUCGAAGACCACCAACCGCUCGAAAGCCAAUGCGGAAGCUCAAGCAGGAGUCUCAGGCCAAACUGCAGCACGCAUCGACUCUGCUAUCAGAUUGCUCAAAAGACCCAUCUCUAGUGUGCCAAAUUUACUGAAUGGGAAAGCUCGAUAUAACCCACGUUACCCUACACGUCAUAAGGGAAUACGUGCUCCUAGACCGGAUGCUUAUGCCCGCCAUCAAGCGGCGGCGCAAGCACUCGCGGCGAGGGCCUCCACGAGCUCCAAGACUUCAAAUGCACCCAGCCAGCAACAUACAUCUGAUCCCUCUCAAGGCGACGAAGCGCAGACGCUGUUCAUUCCAGAGGCUCCCCCAUCCUCAAUCUGGGCCACCAUCCGAUCCAAUGGUGGCCUGAACGGAAGAAGCCAGGAGGCAUCAGUACGCUUUGCACACCCAACAGCCACAAGAGUGACCUCUGGAAGGCAUGCUCCUGAUUCAAAUCAGAGCCCAGGAAGGCGUCACCUAGAGAGAUCUCCCCGGUCACCGCCCCAAGAAGAUGCUACUGAGGCCAAAAAGAAGCAACGUCGGAAAACCCGCUUUGAUAUCUUACCCGAAGAUCUAGACUCACUUACGGAACGUGACCAUACACAUAACACCGGUUAUGGAGAGGUCCGCUCUCAGCGGUCAAGCAGCGGCUCACACUUGCUUCGGAGAGAAUGA